AUGGCUCCCUCCGCAAUCUCCCCUCUUGAGAAAGAAGACCACGUUCGGGAUGCCGAGUUCAACAGGAUUCUGCAUGGCACUUCCGCCGAAAAACGUGGUGGCAUGAUAGCCAUGUUGAAAAAAGAUCCUCUUUCCCAGAAAGCCGCAGUUGAGGAAUACUUCAAGCAUUGGGACAACAAGAGUGCCGAUGUUGAGACUGAGGCGGUCAGGAAGGCGAGGAGAGACGAAUACGCUACCUUGACGAGACACUACUACAAUCUCGCCACUGAUCUUUAUGAAUACGGCUGGGGCGCCUCCUUCCACUUCUGCCGCUUCGCAUACGGGGAAUCCUUCUCCCGUGCCAUUGCCCGACAUGAGCACUAUCUCGCGCUAAAGAUGAAUCUGCAAGAGAACCAACGUGUGCUGGACGUAGGCUGUGGUGUCGGUGGACCAGCAAGAGAGAUCAUCAAGUUCACUGGUGCAAACGUGAUGGGCUUGAACAACAACGAUUAUCAGAUUGAGAGGUCGCUAAAGUAUGCGAAGAAGGAAGGCCUUAGCCAUAAAUUCGACGCGACAAAAGGCGAUUUCAUGCAGAUGAGCUUUCCCAAAAACAGUUUCGAUGCUGUAUAUGCCAUCGAGGCGACGGUGCAUGCACCGGAUUUGAGGGGUGUGUAUGAGCAGAUCUUCCGAGUCCUGAAGCCAGGUGGCACUUUCGGUGUAUACGAGUGGUUGAUGACCGACAAGUACGACAACGACAAUCCCGAACACCGCGCCUGCAGGUUAGGAAUUGAGCAAGGAGACGGCAUCAGCAACAUGGUGACAGUGUCGCAAGGCCUGGCGGAUUUCAAAGCCGCCGGUUUCGAGCUGAUACACGAUGAGGAUCUGGCCGAACGAGACGACGCCAUACCCUGGUACUAUCCCUUGGCUGGCGAAUUCAAGCACAUGGGAAGCAUUGCCGACGUCUUCACGAUUGCGCGCAUGACAUGGUGGGGACGCGGGUUGGUGCACAAAUUCGUUGGAUUAGGAGAGACAGUCGGUGUGAUACCCCAGGGAACACAGAAGACAGCGGAUAGUUUGGCGCUGGCUGCUGAUAGCCUUGUGAAAGGUGGGAAGGAAAAGUUGUUCACUCCGAUGUAUCUGAUGGUAGGGAGAAAGCCUUUGAAUUAG